AUGUCCGAUGAGCAAGAAUAUGAUAUUGGAGACGGUUACGGCUACGAUGAAGAUACCGAGCUCACAUCCGAAGACUCUUGGGCCAUCAUUUCCUUAUUCUUUAAUGAGAAGGGUCUUGUUUCACAGCAAUUAGACUCAUUUGACGAAUUCAUUGAAACCACUAUUCAAAGUCUUAUUUACGAAGACAAGGCCUUGAUUUUAGAUCAACCUGCCCAGCACACUACAGUCAAUGACAACAUCAGCAAACGCUAUGAAAUUGAAUUUGGUAAAAUUUACCUUUCACGUCCUACCAUGACGGAAGCUGAUGGUAGCACACACCCUAUGUUUCCACAAGAAGCGCGUCUGCGAAAUCUCACCUACUCUUCUCCGUUAUACGUCGACAUGGGCAAACGCGUUUUAACAUCGAAAGACACCGAAUACACUAAUGCAGACGAUGUCCAGUGGAUUGUGGUUCCUAACGAAUCUGAUGAAAUGUCCAAGGUUUACAUUGGCAAGGUUCCUAUUAUGGUUCGAUCCAAGUUUUGCAUGCUCCGCGAUCUUAAGGAGUCAGAGUUUUACGAUCUGCGUGAGUGCCCCUAUGACCAGGGUGGUUACUUUGUCAUCAAUGGUUCCGAAAAGGUUUUGAUUGCCCAGGAACGUAGUGCUGCCAACAUUGUUCAGGUCUUUAAAAAAUCGGCACCUUCGCCUAUUUCACACAUUGCAGAAAUUAGAAGUGCUCUUGAAAAGGGGUCCCGUUUAAUCAGCAGCAUGUCCAUCAAGCUCAUGGCUAAAGGCGAGCGAACAAUCAAGGCCACUAUUCCAUAUGUCAAGAGUGAUGUUCCUAUUGUUGUUGUUUUCAGAGCUCUUGGUGUUGUCCCUGAUGGUGAUAUUCUGGAGCAUAUUUGCUACGACCAAAACGAUACCGAAAUGCUUGAAAUGCUCAAACCGUGUGUAGAAGAGAGUUUCCCCGUCCAGGAUAGAGAAACUGCUUUGGAUUUGAUUGGUAGACGUGGUAGUGCUAUCGGCAUUACUCGUGAUAAGCGUAUGCGAUAUGCCAGAGAUAUUCUGCAAAAGGAGCUUUUGCCCAACAUUACACAAGAUGAAGGUUUUGAAUCCAGAAAAGCUUUCUUUUUAGGCUACAUGAUUCACAAGCUUCUUCUUGUUGCUUUGGAUCGUUCUGACCCUGAUGAUCGUGAUCAUUUUGGUAAGAAGCGUUUAGAUCUUGCUGGUCCCUUGCUUGCUCAGCUUUUCCGCAUUCUUUUUAAGAAGCUCACAAGAGACAUUUACCGAUACAUGCAAAAGUGUGUUGAGACAAACAAGGACUUUAACCUUACUCUGGCUGUCAAAUCCAACACCAUCACUAAUGGUCUCAAGUAUUCCCUUGCCACCGGUAAUUGGGGUGACCAAAAGAAGGCCAUGUCCACCAGAGCAGGUGUCUCUCAGGUGCUUAACAGAUAUACAUUUUCCUCUACACUGUCGCAUUUGCGUCGUACCAAUACUCCUAUUGGCCGUGAUGGUAAGAUUGCGAGACCGCGUCAAUUACACAACACCCACUGGGGGUUUGUGUGUCCAGCAGAAACACCCGAAGGUCAAGCAUGUGGUUUGGUCAAAAACUUGUCGCUUAUGUCUGGAGUUUCCGUCGGUACUCCUUCGGCUCUUAUUGUCUGCUACCUGGAAGAAUGGGGUAUGGAGCCUCUUGAGGAUUAUGUUCCUCACGCUUCUCCCAAUGCUACUCGCAUUUUCGUUAAUGGUGUUUGGGUUGGUGUGCACCAGCGUCCCAGCCAUAUGGCCAGUGCCAUUAAAAACCUUCGUCGCAAGGGUGACAUUAGCGCCGAAGUUAGUAUAACACGCGAUAUUAGAUCUAAGGAGCUGCGCAUUCUGACGGAUGCUGGUCGUGUUUACCGUCCCUUGUUUGUGGUUGAGAGCGAGGGCCCCAACAAGGGCCAGCUUAAAAUUACCAAGGAUAUUGUCAAUACCAUUAUUACUCAGCAAGAGGGCGAGGUUAUGGCUGGCGAGGAUGAAACUAAGGAUAACAUGGAGGAUAGUGUCGACUGGGAGUGGCUUGUCAAGAACGGUUACAUUGAGUACAUUGAUGGUGAAGAGGAGGAGACUGUCAUGAUUGCCAUGUCCAAUGAAGACUUGGAAAUCUCGCGACAGCUGCAGGCCGGUGCCGACAUUGACUAUAGAGACUCGAAUCGGCGCAACACUUUCAAUCCACACGCCCACACUUGGACCCACUGCGAAAUUCACCCCAGUAUGAUUUUGGGUAUCUGCGCCAGUAUUAUUCCAUUCCCGGACCACAAUCAGUCGCCGAGAAAUACAUAUCAGUCUGCCAUGGGUAAGCAGGCCAUGGGUGUUUACCUGACCAACUACAGUGUUCGUAUGGAUACCAUGGCCAACAUUCUGUAUUAUCCACAGAAGCCCUUAGCCACCACUCGAUCCAUGGAGUACCUUAAAUUCCGCGAGCUCCCUGCCGGUCAGAAUGCUAUUGUCGCAAUUUUAUGUUAUAGUGGCUACAACCAGGAAGAUUCCAUGAUUAUGAAUCAAGGAAGUAUUGACCGUGGUCUUUUCCGUUCGUUAUUUUUCCGUUCCUACAUGGACCAAGAGCGCCGCAUUGGUAUGUCAGUUGUGGAGGAGUUUGAGAAGCCCACGCGUGCUGAUACACUUCGCUUGAAGCACGGUACAUAUGACAAGCUUGAUGAUGAUGGUCUUAUUGCGCCUGGUGUGCGUGUUUCUGGUGAGGAUAUUAUUAUUGGUAAGACUGCGCCAAUUCCACCAGAUUCGCAGGAGCAGGGUCAGAGAACGCAGUACCACACGAAGCGAGAUGUUUCUACGCCUCUGCGUAGUACCGAAAACGGUAUUGUUGACCAGGUUCUUUUGACGACCAACCAAGAAGGUUUACGAUUUGUCAAGGUGCGCAUGAGAACAACCAAGGUUCCGCAAAUUGGUGAUAAGUUUGCGUCGCGUCACGGUCAAAAGGGUACUAUUGGUGUGACAUACCGAAACGAAGACAUGCCGUUUUCUGCGGAGGGUGUUGUGCCAGACUUGGUUAUUAACCCUCACGCCAUUCCAUCACGUAUGACAGUUGCCCAUUUGAUUGAGUGUCUUUUGAGUAAAGUGUCUGCUUUGUCUGGUUAUGAAGGUGAUGCAACGCCGUUUACCGAUGUCACUGUGGACGACGUUUCUAAACUGCUUCGCGAAAGCGGCUACCACUCACGCGGAUUUGAAGUGAUGUACCAUGGCCACACUGGGCGCAAAUUGAUGGCGCAGGUGUUUUUGGGCCCGACAUAUUACCAGAGAUUGCGUCACAUGGUAGACGAUAAGAUUCACGCUCGCGCGCGUGGACCUGUGCAAAUUCUGACGCGCCAGCCCGUUGAGGGUCGUUCGCGUGAUGGCGGGUUGCGUUUCGGUGAAAUGGAGCGAGACUGUAUGAUUGCGCACGGUGUAGCUGCGUUUUUGAAGGAGCGUUUGAUGGAAGCGUCAGACGCGUUCCGAGUGCACAUUUGCGGUGUGUGUGGUCUCAUGUCGGUGAUUGCCAAACUGGAUGAGGUGGCGUACGAGUGCCGGUCGUGCAAGAACAAGACCAACAUUUACCAGAUUCAUAUUCCAUAUGCUGCUAAGUUGUUGUUCCAGGAGCUCAUGGCCAUGAAUAUUGCUCCGCGCAUGUACACUGAGCGGUCGGGAUAUUCGGUAAGAGUAUAG